ACGGUCACGCAGUCAAAGUCAUAAACACUCACAUUUGACACUAAAAACUAAAUUCUCUCUUCUCAUAUUCUCUCUCCCUACUUUAACAACUGCUCCGCCUACUGGGCACCACUUCCGACCACCGUGUCGUCUUCCCUUCUCUUCUCUCUCCCGUAAUCCCUCCCUUGACCGUCUCUGUGUUCUUUCUCCCACGAGGCAUACACGACCAUUCUCCCUGUUCUCUUGUCCAAUCGCGUGUGCCGUGCCAGCAACUGUUCGACCACGUCCAUUUCUCCGUCCACACAGCACUAACAGCCGCUCUGCUCGCCUCCAACAGUGAAGAUUUUGGGAAUGAAUCGUUUGCGAGAAUCUUCCCCUCAACGGAAACGACAAAAAGUGUCUCCGUCCUUGACAAAUGAAGAGAGUAUACUCUAUAAUCUCAUAUAUAGCAAGAAAGACAUAGGGAUAUGGACAGGAGACAUGAAAAGAGAAACAAACCUUCCUGUUACUGUGUUCAAUAAAACCCUUAAGGAACUUAUGUCCAAGAGUAUGAUAAAGGAAGUUACUACUAUUCAAAAUAAAGGUAGAAAGCACUACAUGGCAAUAGAAUUUGAGCCUUCCAAGGAGAUCACUGGUGGGAAUUGGUACACUGAUGGGAAACUUGAUACAGAUUUCAUAGCCGCUCUAAAGGACGUGUGCUUUAAAUACAUUUCCAAGCAGAAAGUUUCCACGCUUGACGGAUUUUUGGAGUGGAGUAAAAAGAACGGGAUCUUUAAUUCUGAAGUCACACCAACGCAAGUAGAAGAUAUUAUGAAAACCUUGGUUUUGGAUGAUGCAAUCGUGGAGGUGACAAGUAAUGGAUAUGGGGAUUUUGCAUCUAUUCCUGUUGGCAGAGUUUGUUACAAAUGCAAAAGCAACGUAAAAGUUAAAGGGGAAUUGAAAUAUGGUCUCGUGCCUUAUAUUCCGUGUUUUGCUUGUCCGCGAAUCAGCUUUUGUUCACCAGAUGGCGUUGUCUCUCCAAGAACAUGUGUCUAUUAUGAUAAAUGGUUGGAUUUCUAAACACGCUGAUGAUUAAUUCGUUUUUCUUAAAUGACUAUCCGACAAGGCAUGUCCUUGAGGUAAUCCAUAUAUAACUUGCUUGCAAAUAACAAGAAUCAAGACUGACAAAGAUAUAAGACUUCCAUUCUGGUAAACACUGAUGAUGUGGUAUCUAAUAAGGCUUGCAUCCUAAAUUAAUAAGAGUUGAAUGCAUUGUGAAAGCAUUGUUCUUCCUCAAAUCCCAAGGUAUAUAAACAUCCUUCAACUUCCACAAAUACUAGGGUUUAUAAACAGUUGCAGGAGUAAUUUGUGCCCGCCUAUGUAGUGUUGUAGAAUUAUUUAUUGGUUGUGAAAUUGUAAGAUCGUUAUGACAUGAGGUUCUUGAUGUUUAAUUGGAUGAAGCUAUUUGGACUGGUUUUGCUAUAAAGAACAAAUGUUCAAAAGAUCAAUAUUAUUAUUAUUCUUUGCUUUAA